AUGGCUGACAAAAUUAGGUACACUUUAGAAAAGUUUAUUCCUGAUCUCCUGGCUCUCUAAAAAAAACAGUCAAGAGACAUCCUCCACAAAAGGGAAGAAUUCGAAUACAUGUUAUAGCGUAGAACACACAAUCUAAGCAAUUACAUGUAAUUACUCGACUAUGAAUACGGGUUGGAAAGACUCAGAAGACAACGAAAUAAGGAACGUUAAAUAAAGAAGGUUACUACUAGGGAUUAUGCCAUUGUGAAAAGAAUAAUUUAUAUUUGGGAUAGGAUCAUGAAUAAAUAUCGCUACAAUAUCGAUUUGUGGAAACAAUAUUUGAGUUUUUGUUAUAUCAUUGAAUCCAAAAAACACUUCUUUAAAGUUAUAACAAAAGCCUUGAAUUUCAAUCCAUUCAAUACUGAUCUAUGGUUGGCAGGUGCUCUCUUUGAAUUAGAAAAAGCUCACAAUCCAAUUAAAGCAAGGAAAAUAUUUUACCAGGCCUUAAGAAUUAACAAUAAAAAUAUCGAUCUAUGGGGAAGUUAUUUAGAUUUUGAAUUGAAUUGA